AUGAUUAGUGUUGAUAGUGAUGAAGUGUGGAUUGAGUAUGUAAAGAGUCAUCCAAAUGUAAAAGAUUAUAUAUAUGCUCCAAUCCCACUUUUUGACAAACUUGUCCAUGCAUUUGGAAAAUACCAUGCUACCGGUAAAGGGGAUGCUCCCCAUGCUGAUAAUGUUGAGGAGAUAGAUAAAGAAAUAGAAGAGCUAUUUAACGAUGAGGAGAAUGAAGUAGAAAUGACUUCGUCAUCGUCUAAUAAUAAAUCUAAAAGGAAGUUUGACAACAAAGAUAUACAUUUCAACAAAAGAAACAAAUGA